AUGGACGAGAAGGAUCACCCUCACGAGAAAUCAGUGACGCUCACCCAAAUAAAAACUGCCGAAACCCUCGCCUCAACCUCCAUCGCACCCCCCAACCUCCCCCUCGAGCCGGUGACCACCAACGCCGGAACAACAGACCUCCCGGACUCUGAAUACCCCCAUGGCGCGAAACUGGCGUUAAUCAUGCUCAGUUUGUGUUUAGCCGUGUUUCUUGUGGCACUUGAUAAUACGAUUAUCGCGACUGCUAUUCCGAGGAUUACGGAGAGGUUUAAGAGUUUGGAUGAUGUUGGGUGGUACGCAUCGAGCUAUCUGCUAACAGCCUGCUCCUUCCAACCCUCCUUCGGAAAGAUCUACACCCAAUUCUCCCUAAAAUGGACCUUCCUAAUCUGUAUCUCCAUCUUCGAACUCGGAUCCCUGAUCUGCGCUAUCGCGCCCAAUUCAACCACCCUAAUCAUCGGUCGCGCAAUUGCUGGAUUGGGGAGUUCUGGGUUGUUUAGUGGUGCGUUGACGAUUAUUGCGUAUACUGUACCGUUGGAGAGAAGAGCUGCAUUUGGGGGGUGUAUUGGGGCUAUGUAUGGGAUUGCGUCGAUUGCGGGGCCGUUGCUUGGUGGUGUAUUCACUGACCACUUGUCCUGGAGAUGGUGUUUCUACAUCAAUCUUCCUAUCGGCGCGGUGACGGUACUCGGUCUCUUGUUCUUCUUCAAGCCGCCGCAUCGAGAGACGAGCACUCACACCCUCCGCGAAAAACUCGCCGAAAUCGAUUUCAUCGGUAUGUCCGUCCUCCUCCCCUGCGUUAUCUGUCUCCUCCUCGCCCUCCAAUGGGGUGGGACGACAUACGCGUGGUCAAGUGGUCGAAUCAUCGCGUUGUUGGUUGUCUUUACGGUGUUGUUGGUCGUUUUCGUGGGUGUGCAGUGGAAGUUGGGUGAGAGAGCGACGAUUCCGUUGGGAAUUAUGAGGCAGCGGACGGUGUUUUUUUCGGCGUGGUUUGUGUUUUUUGUUGGGGCUGGGUUUUUUGUGUUGGUUUAUUACGUCCCGAUCUACUUUCAAGCCGUCAAAUCCUCCUCCGCAACAAAAUCCGGGAUCCAAACCCUCCCACUCAUCCUCGCCGUCGUCGUCGCAUCCCUCGUCUCCGGUAUCGGCACCACAGUCUUGGGAUACUACACCCCCUUCAUGAUCAUCGGCGCCGCCCUCUUCGCCGUCGGAUCCGGCCUAAUCUCGACAUUCAAGGUCGAGAUGGCGACAGGGAGGUGGAUCGGGUUCCAGAUCAUCGCGGGGGCAGGCAUUGGUGCUUGUUUGCAGCUUCCCGUCAUCGCGGUUCAGGCUGUACUACCAAUGCAAGACGUCCCCUCCGGAACCGCGAUCGUGAUUUUCUUUCAGACGUUGGGUGGAGCGCUUUUCGUCUCCGUCGCGCAAACGAUCUUCACGAAUGACCUUCUUUCCUCACUCCUCGCCAUCCCGCCCACCGCCUCGGGGGAAACAGUGGACGCAGCGACGAUCAUUGCGGCCGGCGCGACGAAUUUGAGAAGUGUGGUUAGUGAUCCGAUGUUGUUGAGGGAGGUGUUUGGGGCGUAUGUCGGGGCGUUGGAUAGGGCUUAUUAUGUUAGUGUUGCGACGGGGGCUGUGGCGACGUUGGUUGCGUGUGGGGUUGAGUGGAAGAGUGUCAAGGGGAAGAAGAUUGAGGCAGCAAUGGGGUGA